CGCGUCCAACCGCGGGAGAUCCAAAUUUCGCGCGACGUAAUUUGGCGCUAAAAUAGCACUCCUCUCUGCUGAACUGAUGUCAAAGCAAGCUUCUCGACAGGAGAGGGAUUACAGAUACACGGGGACGCUUACAAUCGCCGGCUCGAAGCAAGAAGUACAAGAGGAACAUUCCCAAGCUUUGUUUACCUUUAAAGGCAGAUUUAUGAACCUGAAUGACCGUGGUACAUUUAAUACAUGUAAUAUACUCUGCCGUGCCACUAACAAAGGAACCUAGGAGAGAGUUUUGUUUAUUUUUGUUUAUAUUUUUGUAGUUUUCACGGAUAACUUAUCUACGACUUCUAACAGUAUUUAUUAUACUAAUGUCUGUAUCAUUAGCAGUCUUUUAAUAUAUAAAUAUUCAUUCUGACUGUUGAUCGCUUCAGCAGUAAAUAGUAAACGUUAUUUGCGUAAUAAAGGAGUUUCUUUGCGUCAUUUUCGCGGGUUUUUGUGCAUUUCGUGCGCAAAAUGAUGCGGAUACCCAGAGGGAUUUCUCCUUCUUCUGGAAGAGGCGCAUUAUCUGGACUCCCGUGCCCACAAAAGAAAAUGUUCUCCGCGGUGAGGACGGAUUUUUUAAACGCGGGACUCGCAAGCCCACUGAUGAAUUCUGUACCGACUGGAUACUUAACUCAGAUCGGGAACACGACAGCUGCAGAGCAGAGACCAAACUGUUUGUACGCGACCCCCCACGGGCCGGAGCCUAAACCGGUGCGGACGUCUUCCGGGCGGCUACCGGCCAAAAGGAGGCUAGAUCUGGAAGAGCCUAUUUACCUCCCAGAAUUCCGGACACCAAAAGGGAAAGGAAACUCUGCUUGUACAAGGGCACCAAGCCCCAAAACUCCCAAGUCUCCAGGGGAGCGCACCCGUUAUGACACUUCCCUUGGCCUGCUGACUAAAAAAUUUGUGGGCUUGCUGAGCGAGUCGGCUGAUGGGGUUCUGGAUCUCAACUGGGCCACAGAAGUUCUGGAGGUUCAGAAGAGACGCAUCUAUGACAUCACAAACGUUUUAGAGGGUGUGCAACUCAUCCGCAAGAAAUCCAAAAACAACAUCCAGUGGCUGGUCAGUGGUGUGUUUGAGGGCUCAUCCAGCAAUUCAGAAAAGACCAGUGCUCUGAAGAAAGAGCUUUCUGAGCUGGACAGGCAGGAGAAAGCGCUGGACGACCUCAUUCAGUCCAGCUCAACACGGCUACGUGAGCUGACCGAGAACAAGGACAACCAAAGAUUAGCAUAUGUGACAUAUCAGGACAUUCGUACCAUAAGAAGCUUGAAAGAUCAAACUGUGAUUGCUGUGAAAGCACCAUCUGAAACCAAACUGGAAGUUCCAGAAGCAUCUGAGGGCUUGCUGCAGAUUUACUUGAAAAGCAAGAAUGGCCCAAUUGAGGUGUACUUGUGUCCUGAAGAAUGUUUGGAGGAUGCUAGUCCCGUCAAGAAUGCCACACCCAGAAAAGAUUACCCACAAACCCCUAGCGCCACCACACCCUCUGUCUUCCCACCUGCCAAACCCCAGCCAGUCGAAGUUUUGCCAUCAAAGCCUCAGCCAUCGAUGACUGGCAGCAACUCCCUGCUCGAUGUGGAGGGGAUCCUGGAUCUUCCUCCCAGCCUUCUCCAGAUUACAGAAGACCAGCUGCCUGGGAUGGCGUUCGCGUCUGACACUUCUGGGCCUUUUGUAAACUUUUCUCCUCGACUCAGCCACGACGACUACCUCUGGAGUCUGGAGGAUGGAGAAGGCGUAUCUGACUUAUUUGACACGUACGAUCUGGGAGAUCUGCUUAAAACUUGAGUUACCCAGUGUGACGAAACAGUGAUUGAUGAUGAGAGAAUUCAGUUGUAAUUAGUUUAAUUCAGACAUUGAUCCUCUGAAGUUUUACAACACUCCUUCACAUAAUGACGGAUUGAAGUUUGUAUAAAAUGCACUACCGAAUUGGCUUAAUCGGUUCUGUUCCUGAUAAAGAAUCGGACAUAUUUUGUCAACAAGUGCCCUCUAGAGGAGAUCCAUGUGCUAGGUUUAGUACACUAUGAAGCCAUACUUUUUAUUUCUGUCAUUAGGUAUUUUUACUUAAGAUAUUUUUGACAAAACAAAUACUGAAUUUUCAUGUGACUUUAUUUCAAUUUUAAGUUAAAUCUUUGCUAAUUGGCAGUGUUUUUUGGCCAUUAUUACUUGAAUAUUGAUGAUAAAAUAACGCCUGUGUAUUUGCAUUUUUUAGAUAUAA